AUGACUACAGCCGCCAUGCCUCCCUCGGCAUUCGCGACCAGCACAUCUUCCUUCCGCGCGUCGCAGUCGCAGCAAAUCGCGCCACCCAUGUCGUACUCGGACAACCCGCUCACGCAACUGCCUGCGGUUGACUUCAACUUUGAAGAUCUCCGCAAGCGAAUGGCCGAUUUCACAGUCAAGUUUGACGCAUUCAUUGAGAGGGGAAGAAAGAGGGUGUUGGAGGAGAGGAACGAGUUUCGGGCGCGCCUGGGAGAGUUGAAUGAGGAGCAGAGAUCAGCAAACACACAGAUUGUCACCCUGCAAUCUACCUUGUCGACGCAUAGCCAGGUCCUCGCCCGUGAGCAGGCAGAAAAGAACGAGAUGCACGCGCAAAUAUCCAAGCUGGAGUCACACCAGGCGGCGCAGUCGGCGCAGCGAGACCGGCUCAAAUCCGCCAUCGCACAAACGCAGCGGCAGAUCGACGCGAAGUUACAAGCACAAAGAGAAUACGCUGCGAAGAUGGAUGGCCAGAGCCGACUCAACGGCCCGGAGCUCAGUUUUUGGGAGACAUAUCUGGGUUGCCGCAUCGAAGGCAGCGGGGAUGAGAACAAAGUCAGGAUUGUGUUCGUGUUCCCACCAGCGAAAGGCAGUGGUGGGAAUUCCACCGACGAGAGGGAAGGCCUCUUUGAGUUGCUGGUGCCGGAUACCGGACGCGGGAGAUACGACGUGUCGUAUACGAAGCCUAGGUUAGAGAGUGUCAAGGUCGCAAAGGUGGUUGACCGGCUAAAUGCGACGAGGGAGAUCGGGACUCUUCUCAAAGGGAUGAGAGGCUUGUUUGUGGAAGCAUUGAAAUGA